CACUCUUCUCUCACACGCACGCACACACGCACACACACACACACGCACACACACACACGCACACUGACAAUAGGAACACAAAGGCGCAGUGAACUCCACCCAUGACGCGUCACCAUCGAACCUUUCACAGGUGUCACUUCCAGUUUCUUCACAUUCUCUCAGUCGAUAGAGGUUAUUCCCACAGAAACACGGACACACACACGCACACACACACACACACAGUGUCGCUCAUUUCCUGGAUCCAGCGUGUCGGAGCUGCUGUGGAAACUUUCAGGAGUUUGUUGUCGAGAGGGAGGCAGCAGGAGGCGGAGUGGAGGGGAAGCGCGCAGCUCGCACGCGGGUCGGUGUCCGACUCUGAGCUCCGGGGAUGUCGGCCGUGAAGGCGCUGCAGCAGUGGUGCCGGGUCCGGUGCGACGGCUACCGGGACGUGUCCAUCACCAACAUGACCACGUCCUUCAGGGACGGCCUGGCUUUCUGCGCGCUCAUCCACAAACACAGACCCGAUCUCAUCAACUUUGAUUCGCUGAAGAAGGAAGAUGUUUACGAGAACAACAAACUGGCGUUCAAGGUCGCGGAGGAGUUGGGAAUCCCAGCGCUGUUGGAUGCGGAGGACAUGGUGGCUCUUAGGGUUCCCGACCGCCUCAGCAUCCUGACGUACGUGUCCCAGUACUACAACUACUUCCACGGACGCUCCCCGAUCGGCGGUAUGGCAGGCGUGAAGCGCCCGGCCGACGGCCCCGCGGAGGAACCGUCCGGCAAGAAGAACCAGCCGGUGGCGGCGAAGGCGUUUCCCUCGUCCCAACCGGCCCGGGAGAACAGCCCCCCUCCCUCCGCCAACAUCACGAGGCCCUCUCCUUCCCCGAAGCAAGCCAGAAGUGCCACAAAGGAAGUGGCGGUUGAGAGGUCCCAUCAGACCGGCACCCUGAGUAACAAGUGUGUGUCCUGCAGCAAACACGUUCACCUGGUGCAGCGACACCUAGUGGAUGGGAAGCUGUAUCACAGGAGCUGUGCAAAGGCUCUGCCGCCUACGAACCCAACUGCACCUUUCAGAGCUUUACCCACAAGCACUCCGGUUUCCAGAUUGAGUCCUCUAGCUGACUCUAAAACCAACAUGGCCGCUCCAGCUCAUGCGCCCUCCAGACUGGGACCGUCGUGGCUGACGGAGAAAGCCGCCACCCCUCCCAGCUUCUCCACCACUUCUUCUUCUUCUUCCUCUCCGUCUCCCUCCCGGCCUGCUUCCAGCCUCUCUCCCGCCGCCGCUCGUAAGACUCAGACGCACGUCGUCUCCAAACUCCAAACUCCUGGCGACUCUCCCGUCGCCACAGCAACCGCUUCCAUCAACGCCAGGCCCGCCGCUGCUCCCCGCACCUCGACCGCGGCGGCCAAGACGCUGCAGUCCAAGCUCAAGUUCUUCCAAUCGGAGCGAGAUGAGGAGAAAAAGGCCACGACCGCCACCGCCACGGUGGUCAUAAACAAAGGGCUGGACGUCGGCGCUCGGGUCCAGGAGGCCGCGGCCGGACAUCCCGUCACUGUGCUUGUGAACGUCGGUGGAGAUGGAGAGUCCAAGACGAAAACAUUUGGAGGAGAUGGAGAGUCCAAGACGAAAACAUUUGGAGGAGAUGGAGAGUCCAAGACGAAAGCAUCAGCCGCCGCCUUCAUCUCCAAAAAACUGACAGAGGAGAAAAACAACAACAACACGGCGAAGCCGUGGACAACCGUACCGCUGAAGAAGACCGACAUACCUCCUAGAGUGGAGACGCCAAAGAGAGGGAGGAAGGUGCUGAGGGCGGACCCGUCGCUCCUCGCCGACCUGUCGACUCCGGCGGACGCCUGGACUCCGAGCCCGGCCGGCAGGAGCGGACUCGGGGCCAGAACCCCAGACAGGGGAGCCUCGAAGGCCAACGGCACAUCGCCCAACACCUCAGCACUAGAAAACAAAGAUUCUCCAGCGGACUGGAGGUCGAAGCUCAAACCCGUCUCCCAACCUGCCAGUCCUUCACAGUCCUCCCCUAAACCGCGGGCUAAUGGAGCUGGGAGGCUUCAGACUCCAGAGCCGUCUGUCGGGCCUUCUCCCUCCCCUCGUCUUCCCAGCCCCAGCAUUUCUGUCACUCCACCUGCAGCGAAGGGGAUCCUGAAUGAUCAGAAAGACCCAACUGCAAACGGCGCCAAGUCGGACUGGAAGAAGACGAAACCAGACUACAUUCUCAAAGAGGACAUCAUGAGGGAACUGCAGGAGAUGGAUGAUAAUUUGAACGUGUGGGAGAAGAGGGGGGUGGAGCUGGAGGAGAAGCUCCGCAGCAGUGAAGAAGAGGGUGAAGACGACGAUGAGCUCAUGGUCGAGUGGUUCAACUUGAUCAGGAAUAAGCAGGUGGCCAUGCGCCGGGAGUCUGAACUGGUCUACAUUGGGAAAACCCAGGACCUGGAGGAAGAGCAGCCCACUGUCGAGCAGGAGCUCAGGAGACUGAUGGAAAAACCAGAGCGCCUGAAGACCACCUGGGAC